GAAUGUUAAUAAUAAAGCCGCCAGUCAAUACUCUGCUUCUCCUAUUACCUUAUAAAAGCCAUCCCUCCAUUCUAACUUUCUUCAACUCAGUUUUACUAAGAAACCCAUUUCCACAGUUUUGCCUGUUCAAGCUCAAGAACUUGAAAUUUUGGUGUUUCUUUGAUUCAUAUUUUUAAAUCAAGACAGAAUUGAGAAACAAGAUUUGGGUUUUGGUGGGUUUUUAAAAUUUUGUUGUAGUUAUUGAAGUUCUUCUUAAUGGAGGGGACGGACCAUUACAGAGCAAGUGCUAGUUUACGAAGAGGAAGCUCUUCGGGUUGGAGGAAUAAUGGGCUGGAGGUUUUUUCAAGAUCUUCAAGAGAAGAAGACGAUGAGGAGGCUCUUAAAUGGGCUGCUCUUGAAAAGUUACCUACCUAUGAUCGUCUUAGGAAAGGUAUACUGGUUAGUGCUUCUAAAGGUGGAGCUAAUGAGAUUGAUGUAGAUAAUCUUGGAUUACAAGAAAGGAAAACUUUGAUUGAGAGAUUGAUCAGAGUUGCUGAAGAAGAUAAUGAGAAGUUCUUGUUAAAGCUCAAGAAUCGAAUUGAUAGGGUUGGAAUUGAAGUUCCAACAAUCGAAGUUAGAUAUGAGCAUCUAAAUAUUGAAGCAGAAGCCUUCGUAGGAAGUAGUCGUGCUUUGCCGACGUUCAUUAACGCCACUGUUGGUGCGAUAGAGGGCCUUCUGCGUUUUAUUCCUAUCUUUCCAAGUAGAAAGAGACCAUUGACCAUCCUUAAAGAUGUUAGUGGAGUUAUCAAGCCAUCAAGACUGACUUUGCUUUUGGGUCCUCCGAGUUCUGGAAAGACCACACUCUUGUUGGCACUAGCUGGAAAGCUUGAUCCUUCUUUAAAGGUUUCUGGUUCUGUGACUUAUAAUGGUCAUACACUGAAUGAAUUUGUUCCUCAAAGAACAGCUGCCUAUAUCAGUCAACAGGAUCUCCAUAUUGGAGAAAUGACUGUAAGAGAAACUUUGGCAUUUUCUGCCAGAUGCCAAGGAGUUGGAACCCAACAUGAAAUGUUAGCAGAGUUGUCAAGAAGAGAAAAGGCAGCAAAUAUUAAGCCUGAUCCUGACAUUGAUGUCUUCAUGAAGGCAGCAGCAACAGAAGGUCAGGAGACUAGUGUGGUCACAGAUUAUGUUUUGAAGAUAUUAGGAUUGGAGGUCUGCGCAGAUACUCUUGUAGGGAAUGAAAUGAUAAGGGGUAUCUCAGGAGGGCAAAGGAAACGUGUUACAACAGGUGAAAUGCUUGUUGGACCAGCAAAGGCAUUGUUUAUGGAUGAGAUUUCCACUGGCUUGGACAGCUCAACAACUUACCAGAUUGUGAACUCACUGAGGCAAUCAAUUCACAUUCUUAAUGGAACUGCUGUCAUCUCCCUCCUUCAGCCAGCACCGGAGACCUAUAACCUCUUUGAUGAUAUUAUUCUAAUAUCAGAUGGCCAGAUUGUGUACCAUGGACCUAGAGAGCGUGUCCUUGAGUUUUUUGAACAUAUGGGGUUCAAAUGUCCUGACAGAAAAGGCGUUGCUGACUUCUUGCAAGAAGUUACAUCUAAAAAAGAUCAGCAACAGUAUUGGGCACGCAAAAAUCAGCCUUACAGAUAUGUCGAAGUGAACGAAUUUGCUGAGGCAUUUCAAUCAUUUGAAGUGGGUCGAAAAAUCGCAGAAGAUCUUUCAACUCCAUAUGAUAGGACCAAGAGCCACCCAGCUGCUUUGUCAACCAGACCCUAUGGUGUUGGAAAGAUGGAGCUGCUUAAAGCAAAUUUUUCAAGAGAAUACUUACUCAUGAAAAGGAACUCAUUCGUCUACUACUUCAAGUUAUUCCAACUUGUGAUGAUGGCAAUCGUUAGCAUGACACUCUUCUUUAGGACUGAGAUGAAACACAAUGAUGUCACUGAUGGAGGGAUUUACACGGGUGCAUUGUUCUUCGCCGCGACCCUAAUCAUGUUUAAUGGCAUGUCAGAACUGUCUAUGACCAUUGCAAAGCUUCCUGUAUUCUACAAGCAAAGGGACUUCCGAUUCUUUCCUGCAUGGGCAUAUGCUCUACCUUCAUGGGUUCUUAAAAUUCCUAUCUCAUUUGUGGAAGUUGCCGUUUGGGUUGCCCUCACAUAUUAUGUUAUUGGAUUUGAUCCCAAUGUUGGAAGGCUAUUUAAGCAAUACUUACUUCUGUUGCUAGUCAAUCAAAUGGCCUCUGGUCUAUUUCGGUUAAUCGCUUCAAUUGGAAGGAAUAUGAUUGUUGCUAACACCUUUGGUUCAUUUGCACUGCUUACUCUUUUUGCUUUGGGUGGUUUUGUCCUGUCAAGAGAGGACAUUAAGAAAUGGUGGAUAUGGGGUUACUGGAUAUCACCACUGAUGUAUGGGCAGAAUGCAAUAGUUGUUAAUGAGUUCCUUGGGCACAGUUGGAGUCAUAUUCCUGAAGGCUCAAGCACUAACGAAACACUAGGAGUUCAAGUUCUGAAAAGCCGUGGGUUCUUUACAGAUGCACAUUGGUAUUGGAUUGGAGUAGGGGCACAAGUUGGGUUUAUGUUCGUCUUCAACAUCCUUUAUGCAAUCGCUCUUGCUGUCUUUGACGAAUUUGACAAGCCUCAGGCAGUUAUAUCUGAUGAGCCUGAAUCAAGUGUCAGACCUGGAGGAGCCAUUCAGUUAUCGCAAAUUGAAGGCAGUCACAGAACAGAUACUGGAACAAGUGGAAUUGAUGAGCCAAACAACAAGAAGAGGGGAAUGGUUCUUCCAUUUGAACCACAUUCCCUCACCUUUGAUAACGUUGUCUACUCAGUUGACAUGCCACAGGAAAUGAAAAGUCAGGGUGUCCUUGAAGAUAAAUUGGUGCUCUUGAAGGGUGUCAGUGGUGCUUUUAGGCCAGGUGUUCUCACAGCUUUAAUGGGUGUUAGUGGAGCUGGUAAAACCACUCUUAUGGAUGUGUUGGCUGGUAGGAAAACUGGUGGAUAUAUCGAGGGGGAUAUCACAAUCUCUGGAUACCCAAAAAAGCAAGAAACCUUUGCUAGAAUUUCAGGAUACUGUGAGCAAAAUGACAUCCACUCUCCAAAUGUUACUGUUUAUGAAUCGUUAGUCUUCUCAGCUUGGCUUCGUCUACCCCCUGAUGUUGAUGCUGACACCAGAAAGAUGUUUGUUGAGGAAGUCAUGGAGCUUGUGGAGUUGAAUCCAUUGAGGAACUCACUAGUUGGGUUACCUGGUUUGACUGGUCUAACCACAGAGCAGCGGAAACGUCUAACCAUAGCAGUAGAGUUGGUGGCAAACCCCUCAAUUAUAUUCAUGGAUGAACCAACUUCAGGGCUAGAUGCAAGAGCUGCUGCCAUUGUCAUGAGAACGGUUAGAAACACUGUGGAUACAGGAAGAACAGUGGUCUGCACCAUUCAUCAGCCAAGCAUUGACAUAUUUGAAGCCUUUGAUGAGUUAUUCCUGAUGAAGAGAGGAGGUGAAGAGAUAUAUGUUGGGCCAUUGGGUCGCCAUUCUACCCAUUUGGUUAAUUAUUUUGAGGGAAUUGAAGGAGUUAGCAAAAUUACAGAUGGCUACAACCCAGCAACUUGGAUGUUGGAAGUUACCACUCCAGCACAAGAGUUAGCUUUGGGGGUUGAUUUUACUGAUCUUUACAAGAAGUCUGAUCUUUACAGGAGAAACAAGGCAAUGAUUCAGGAACUAAGCAAGCCUGCUCCUGGUACAAAGGACCUCUAUUUCCCCACACAAUACGCAACAUCCUUUUUCACUCAAACUCUUGCUUGCUUAUGGAAGCAACAAUGGUCAUACUGGCGAAAUCCACCAUACACAGCUGUAAGAUUUUGGUUCACAACCUUUGUCGCCUUGAUGUUCGGGACAAUUUUCUGGGACAUUGGCUCCACAGUGACUAGGCAACAAGAUCUUGCGAAUGCAAUGGGUGCAUUAUAUGCAGCUACUUUCUUCCUCGGUGUGCAAAAUGCAAGUAGUGUGCAGCCUGUAGUUGCAAUUGAAAGAACUGUCUUUUAUAGAGAGAGAGCUGCUGGACUGUAUUCUGCCAUGCCCUAUGCAUAUGCACAGGCCUUGAUUGAGCUUCCAUACGUUUUCGCUCAAUCUGUAGCAUACAGUCUUAUUACAUAUUCAAUGAUUGCAUUUGAAUGGACCGCUGCCAAGUUCUUCUGGUAUCUAUUCUUGCUGUACUUCACAUUGCUGUACUUCACCUUCUACGGAAUGAUGACUGUCGCUGUCACGCCAAACCACCACAUUGCAGCCAUAGUCUCCUCAGCAUUCUAUUCAAUAUGGAAUAUAUUUGCAGGAUUCAUUGUUCCCCGACCUCGUAUGCCCGUGUGGUGGAGAUGGUACUACUGGGCAUGUCCGAUAGCCUGGACCUUGUAUGGACUAAUCGCAUCACAGUUUGGUGAUGUACAUACUAUACUUGAAGACGGCAAUGGUCAAACUGUGGCUGAGUUUCUAAAGUCAUCCUAUGGUAUGAAACAUGAUUUUCUUGGAGCAGUUGCAGGUGUAAUUGUUGGAAUCACUGUGCUCUUCGCAUUUAUUUUCGCAAUUUCGAUCAAGGCAUUCAAUUUCCAAAGGAGGUAGAGAUUUGCCAAGCAUAUAGAGAUUUGCUAAGCAUAAUUGUCAACAAAAUGACAAAGUAGAGAAGAAGAGACUUGUUAAGUUCUUGUAUAUUUGAUUUAUUGUAUUUGAUUUUUGAAUAUCUUGUAUUAGUAGUAACUGUGCAAGCUUUUAUUUAGUUACUUGUAUACAAGUAGAAGCUGCAAAGCUACUGUAAGUUUGUAAUUGCUAUAUUUCCUGAAAUUAC